CCUAACAAGUCAAGGUGAGCGGCGACCUGACACUUCAAACUUCCAUUUCAACAUCUGUCUUCGUCUGGGUCUGUUGAACUAUACUGACCAGACACUACACGCAGUAUCCUCAGCUGCUCUGCUCAUACCCUCCUUCACUUCAUAUUGUACAGUGUGAACGAUACAUAUCUAUACCUUCAUUGCAACACUGCCCCCGCUCGUCACUAUAAACCCCCACCAACGCUCCCUGCGACUACCUUUCACCACGACGGUGAGGUCUGGUCAUCAUAGCCAAACUGGGGAAAAGAAGGAUCACUAACGAGGACCUUGCUAGUCCGAACAAGCGAACUAUGACAGAUAUAAAGAUGCAGGUGGACAGUCCAGCGGCUGUUGCCGAGCAGAUACGCUCUACCGAUGGAGAAAUUGACGAGUCCCUCUACAGUAGACAGCUCUAUGUUCUGGGCCACGAGGCUAUGAAACGUAUGGGCUUGUCCAAUGUGCUCAUCGUUGGUCUCAGAGGUCUGGGUGUUGAGAUCGCCAAGAACAUCGCACUAGCUGGUGUCAAGUCUCUUACUCUUUACGACCCUCGCCCUGCUACUUUGGCUGACCUUUCUUCCCAAUUCUUUCUCCGCCCCGAAGACGUUGGAAAUCCCCGCGCCUCCGUCACGGUACCGCGCGUUGCAGAGCUCAAUCCUUAUACUCCAGUACAGGAACACCAAUCAGCGGAUCUGCUGGAUGAUUUGGGCUCGUUGAAGCAAUAUCAGGUGGUUGUUCUGACAGACACUCCGCUCAGGGACCAGUUGACCAUAUCCGAUUUCUGUCAUGCCAAUGGUAUAUAUAUUGUAAUAGCUGACACCUUCGGUCUGUUCGGGUCGAUCUUCACAGAUUUUGGGAAGAAUUUUACCUGCGGCGAUCCCACUGGUGAGAAUCCUCAGAGUGGUAUCGUUGCAUGGAUUGGUACGGAUGGCCUCGUCUCCGUGUCGGAUGAGACUAGACAUGGUCUAGAAGACGGUGAUUUUGUUACUUUCUCGGAGAUAGACGGCAUGGAGGGUCUUAAUAACUCUGCGCCUCGCAAGAUCACUGUGUCGGGUCCUUACACCUUCUCGAUUGGCGAUGUAUCCGGAUUAGGACAGUACACGCGGGGUGGUUUGUUUCAACAAGUCACGAUGCCGAAAUUCAUUGACUUUGAGCCACUCCGAAAGCAGCUCCGCAGACCAGAGAUCAUCAUUUCCGAUUUUGCAAAAUUUGAUCGACCAGCUCAGCUACAUGUAGGAUUCCAAGCACUGCACGCGUUUGCUGAAAGUCGUGGCGGGUCCUACCCCCGGCCGCAUAACGAUGCUGAUGCCGCUGAGGUUUUCAAGAUUGCUUCGGGCCUGGCCAAAGAGGGUGAAGAACUUAUCGAAUUGGACGAGAAGCUCAUCAGAGAGCUGAGCUACCAGGCACAGGGAGAUCUGAGCCCGAUAGCGGCUUUCUUUGGUGGUCUCGCAGCUCAAGAGGUACUGAAAUCCGUUUCAGGGAAGUUCCAUCCUGUCAAGCAAUGGGUAUACUUCGAUUCCUUGGAGUCACUCCCUACAUCAGUCCAACGAUCCGAAUCUCUUUGCGCGCCCCAGGGUAGUCGCUACGACGGUCAAAUCGCUGUCUUUGGGACCGAAUAUCAACAAAAACUUGCCAACGUCAAAGAGUUCCUCGUCGGCGCUGGUGCCAUUGGCUGUGAGAUGUUGAAGAAUUGGGCCAUGAUGGGUCUUGCGUCCGGCAAUGGCCAUAUUUUUGUUACGGACAAUGAUCAAAUUGAAAGAAGCAAUCUCAAUCGUCAAUUCCUAUUUCGAGCCAAUGAUGUUGGAAAGGAAAAAAGCACUUGCGCUACGGAGGCUGUACAAGUCAUGAAUCCCGACCUGAAGGGUAAAAUGACGGCACUCAAUGAUCCCGUCGGUUCAGGCACUGAGAAAAUAUUCCACGAGGCAUUUUGGGAUUCACUAGAUGCCGUAACAAACGCUCUCGACAAUAUAGAGGCCAGAACAUACGUCGACCAAAAAUGUGUCUUCCAUUACAAACCUCUUGUUGACAGCGGAACGCUUGGAACCAAGGGCAACACGCAGGUCGUGCUUCCAAACCUUACCCAGACUUACAGCAGCUCUCAAGACCCUCCGGAGAAGACCUUUCCAAUGUGUACACUUAAAUCAUUCCCGCACCGUAUUGAACACACUAUUGCUUGGGCCAAGGAGAUGUUUCACACGUACUUUACUGGCCCAGCUGAAAUGGUUAAUCUCUAUCUCACUAUGCCGAAUUACCUGAACAGUAAGACAUUUCGGGAGAAUGGUAACCAAACCCAGGUACUGGAGACGCUACGGGAUUUCUUGGUUACAGAGAAGCCUCUCACUUUCGACGAUUGCAUCGCCUGGGCACGAUAUCAAUUUGAGAAGCAUUUCAACAAUGGAAUCUCGCAGCUACUCCAUAACUUCCCCAAGGACUCGAGGACAUCCAAGGGUGAGUUGUUUUGGACCGGCUCGAAACGGGCUCCAGAUCCGCUUAAAUUUGAUGCAAACAAUGCCACACAUUUCGCCUUCGUUGAAUCUGCCGCUAACUUGCACGCCUUCAACUACAACAUCAAUUCGAGAGGUGUUGCUAAGGACCACUAUAUGAAGAUACUGGAUAAUUUGAUCAUUCCGGACUUCAAGCCUGACCCGGGUGUUAAGAUUCAAGCGAGCGACAAGGAUCCCGAUCCCAACGCUCGCAAUUCAGAUUUGGACCAGGAUGAUCUGUCUGUACUGGCAAACUCGGUACCUCCUCCAAAAUCUCUGGCUGGAUUUCAACUUGAACCAGUCGUGUUCGAGAAAGACGAUGAUACCAAUUAUCAUAUUGACUUUAUCGCUGCCGCUGCAAAUCUCCGCGCGGAGAACUACAAUAUCACGCAAGCUAAACGUCACCAAAUAAAACUCAUUGCUGGAAAGAUUAUUCCCGCAAUUGCAACAACGACAGCCCUUGUGACUGGUCUCGCCAACUUGGAAAUCUACAAGAUCAUUGAUGGCAAGACCGACAUUGAGCAGUACAAGAAUGGAUUUGUAAAUCUUGCGCUACCCUUUUUCGGAUUCAGCGAGCCGAUGCCAAGUCAAAAGUAUACAUAUAUCGUUCGAAAUGAACAAAAGAAGGACAAAGUCGAAUUUGUCCACACAUUCGAUAGAUUUUGGGGUCGCUUCGAAGUCAAAAACAUGACGCUAAGACAAUUCUUAGAUUUGUUCGAAGAUAAGACAGGCAUGACAAUCUCAAUGAUGACCUCGGGCCGUAGCCUCCUCUACUUCGAUAUAAGAAAAGAUGCCGCCGAUAUUAUGGAUUUGACGUUGCUUAAGCUGGUUGAAAAGGGGACCAAGGAAAAAGUACCCGACCACCAAAAGAAUGUCAUUAUCGAUGCACUCCCAAAUGCGCCACGGCAGGUACCGCAGGUACCAAAACCGCCUCAUACAGAACUGCCUGAGCGCGCUCCUCGAUUCAACCCGUUUCUACUUGAAACAGUAGAGGAAAGCUCAGGGGAGCCUCCAGAUGAUUUCGACAUUCCUUAUGUAAUGGUCAAAGUUACCGAAGACGCCGUGCCCGUGUCCAAAAAAAUUGUGAAACGACUCAUGCUAGAACCCGAACAAGAAAAAAAGCAGCCGAAUGAGUCGAAGGAGCCGCGAUACUUGACGGUGCAGGAUCAAGAGAUCGAUGUCUUUUCCGACGACGCUUUCCGAUAUCGUUAGAAGACGUGCCGACGACACUAUGAGAGGUAGCGAUGGUGAGCUUGGAGCCCGGGGGUAGCUUUGACAGGAGGACUAGCAAGCUUAAACAGUUCUAGAAUAGACAUGAAUACUUGUGAUUAUGGUAAAACCUGACUAAACAUGAUUAUGCGGAUAAUUCCGAGAAGAUAUCCAUCGGCUAUAUGUCGGACAUAAUUCCCCUCUCAUUCAAACAUUGUGGCGGAAGUCCCCCCUCAGAUUAAAAUGUGCUAGACACCUACAGCAUCAGUCCAUUCCAAUAAAUACUCCCG